AUGGAAGUCAACUAUACCUACGAUAUCGUGGACAUCGCCAAAGCGUUUCACAAUUUUAAGCACUUGAACCUUAACCUACAGGAGCUCCAGAAUAGGACAUUCGACCCCAGGAGCCCGGACUACCUGAAAAGUAUCGGUGUGUUUGCCGCCUGGCCUAUACUGGCCCUACUCAUCAUCCUAGUCCUCUACCUAUUGAUAUCGCUAUUCGUGUGCUGCUGUUGUUCUGGUGAUAAGAAACGAGAGGGUAUUAAAGUGGAGUGCAAAGUAUUCAUAUUCCUGUUCGGACUGGUAUGCGGCCUAAGCUUUAUAGCGGGCCUAUACGGGGACUGGGAGUUACGGGAAGCCAUCAAAAGGGUCAGGAGUGCUACCGACGAUGGCAUUGACUGGUUUGACGCCGUCAGAGACAAUGUAUCCGAGGUAUUGAAAGUCUUGGAGGUCGAGGACGAUAUGAAGGGACUUAAGGACGAACUGCAAAAGAUUUACACAUAUCAGUUACCCCCAGACGUCAAGUCAAGUGUGAAGGAUGCUAUCGGCACGUGUGAGACUAUUGAGUCCAAUAUCAAGGACUCAUCUAAACAAAUAGCUGAUGCCAGAAAAGAGCUGGAUCAGGCCAAAAUCGAUUUCAUACGCGAGUACAUCGAUGAUUAUGGCGACAAAUUCUGUAUCGCCGUACUCGUGGUGCUGUUAGUCCUGGCUAUCAUAGGCCUGGUGUUUACAUUCGCGAUAUGCUCCCGGUGUUUGUUGGGCUGUUUCACGGUACUGGCCGUAUUGGCCCUGAUAUUAGGCUCGUUGAUAGCGGCGGUAACAAUGUCCGCGUCGGUCAUACUGUCCGAUGCGUGCUAUGAAGUGAAGCCGUGGGCCAAAGCCGAGCUCAACAACGAGCAGAUCUACAACUAUGUGGUUGAAUGUCUCGAUAAUAACAUUGUGUCAGUUCAUAUUGACUGGGCUAAGAAUUUGGUGAAACUGUCUAACGACCAGUAUAAAACUUAUGACUCGUUGAUUGAGCAGUUGAAAAUCUACUAUCCAGAAAUGGCGGCUGAGCUCACGAGUAAGAAACAGCCAUUGGAUAAUAGGUUUCAGGAAAUCAAUGUAAUUAUGGCCGCCUUCGAGGAGUUGGCUCAUUGUAAGCGUAUUAACGAUGACUUAAACGACUGUAUGAGUGCUAUCUGUACGGAUGGCGUCAAAGGAGUGGUUAUGAUAUUGUUUAAUACGAUCGCGUCGUCGGUCUGUUUCACUGUUUUGGUAUUCAGUGCCACAUUUGCCUUGAGAUAA